UGACGUAAACGUUAAAGAUACUGAGGGAGAAAGAAGUGACUUGCUCAUUAUUUUCAUGGUUUUGAAUUAAUGGAUAGUGAAAAGUUAACUUUAAAUUUUGUAAUUUAUAUUUCGUAAUUUAAUAUUUCAAGUUCACCAUGACUUCAACGCCAAGAAGCUUGGCAGAAGAACCCCUAAAUGAGUCAUGGGUGGAGCUCAAUUUAGCAAGUGGAGAAUGCACUCACGCCCGUUCUACUCCUGUUCCUUUUGGGGGAUCCAUUUUGAAUGGGAACAUGGAAAAACUUCUGUGGGAAGCUCAGCGAGAAAGUAAUCGUUCCUCGGCUAUAGCAAGUGGAAAAUCCUCUCAUCGCAAUAGCCCAAAGAGCCCUCACAGUCCAGUGAGUGAACCACGAUCUAAUCCUCAAGAACUACUUAUCAUUAAUAAAGAAGACCUACUUGGUAAAGAAGGACAAGUUGUCACUGACUGGAUAUGGGAUUGGAGUAGCAGACCCGACCAAAGACCCCCCAAAAAUUGGACAUUCAAGCACCCUCAACGAACUGGCCUGAGUUUGCGACACACAAAAGUGGCAAAGCGAGGACUCUUCUCUACUGAAGUUAUCUCUGUAUUAGUGUUCACUAAUCUUCUGUCUCUGCUUUUGGGUGCUGGAAUAGGAAUUAUUUCUUUUUUCAGGCUAUUCAUUGGAUGUCGUCUAGGAAACAGCAUAUCAGGAACAGCCACAGAUGUUUUAAAGUGUCAGAAAUAAGUUGAGUUGCCUGAAGUUGUUGAAUGACUACAUCUGAUACAUAUGACAAUUUUUACUACACUGUUACACUUAUGUUUGAUUUGUUUUGAACCAGGAAUAAUGACAUAGUACAACAUAAAACCUAUUAUUAUUUGUAUGUAAUCUAACUUUGCUGUAAAACUGUGGCGUGAGGCAGUUAAUAAUUUAAAGUAAGUUAAAAUGAUGUUAAAGCUUUUUUUAUGGUUACCUACUCUCCCAUGUUAGUUGAGGAGAAGUGAAUGUUUUUACUCUGUGUAUGAUAUAUUUUUAAAAGACCAGUCUUGGUAGGAAUGUUGACUAAGGUGUGAAUGUUAUAUGAGAAGAAUCCAUGUACAUUAUUAACAAGACACUUGGAGCUACAUGUAUGUUGUUUGAAUCAUCGUUUACUUACCACAAAUAACCUCAAUAACAUGCGAUAAAUUUAGGAAUAGAAUGAGUCUCUUGUAUGAUUUUAACCCAAAUUGUGGGAAAAAAAACCAGACUUGUAUGUUAAGAUUUUUAUGAAGAUACAAGCAUCUUCAAUAUCAAACAUCUGUAGUUUGUCAGUAGAUUUUCACUUUACAUUGUUAAAAUGUUUUGUAACUUGUGAACUGUAAGUGUUGCUUGGGGCUUACCAUGUUAUAUUUUAUGUAAUAAUCUCCUUUAACACCUUUCCAUAAUCUUCACUGUACUUGGAGUUUUUUUUUUUUUUUCCUUCAGUUGUAAAUGUGUAUGUUGCAUUGUGAGAUUUUCAUUUUGGCAAAUAGGAGUUGAUAUUCCCCCCUCUCUGUGGAAUUGUGUUUCAAGAAUAUACAUUCAGUAUAUUGAACACAUUUACAGUAUUUGGUAGAAUUCACCAAACAUAAUAGGAUAUUUUAAUAUGUGUAAGUACAAAUUGCUUAGUCAUUUUAAUAAACUGGAUCUUAAUAAAAUAAAUAUAUGGUUACAUACAAUUCUUCCCUUCCUGUUGUAAUUGAGAAAUUGAUACAGACUUACAUUACUGUGAACCUUUUAUUUUUGAAAUUUGUAUAAAUGACUUUCACUUACACAUGAUACACUGUAUGUUAUCAGUCAUUUACAAAAGAACAUUGCUUGUAUGUAAUUUCUUUUUUCUGUUCAAACACUAUUGAACCACAGCGAUGAUAUUUGAUAUUAUAAUAUAGCAUAAAGAAUUAUUGUGUUUGAUAAUUUUUGUGUUUCAAUAUCUGUAGGUAGUAGUAGAUGUCGGAAACUGCACUACCAAACAUUAUUAGUAAAAUCAAAGUAUUUCUAAAGAACCUACUGACUGUUUAUAGUUGUUUUAUUGAUUUUGGGGGAGAAAUUAUAAACUUUUCUAGGGGAAAUUUCUUUUUUAAACUAAAAAACAUUUUUUCUACAGCAUCACUUAAUUAUCUUGUAAAUUUAUGUGUAAUUAUGCAGUUAUAAUUGUUGAAUGUAUUUUCCUAAUGGAGUACUGGUUAGUUUAUUGAGAACAAUAACUACAGCUUCUGAGAUUAUUGGCAUAAUGUUUAUAAUAAUUAUUAUAAGUACCAACUGGCUGAUUGUCUUUUUUUUGUAGUGAAAAGCUACACAUGGGCUGUCUGCAUUCUUUCCAACAUGGGGAAAUAAACUCUGGACUUAAUUAGCCAUAAAGUAAAAUAACAUGUAUUAAAAAUGUUACAGAUAUUACAUGAUACCAAAAUAACAGUGAUGCUACAGUGCACAUAUUUUUUAUGCUAAAAGUUAUAGAUUCUAGAGAAAGUAUUUGUUUUAAUUUUAUAAACCAUCUAUAUCUAAAGUUUUUUUCAAUGUUGUGUUCACCACUUGCUUUUAUUAUACUAUGUACUGUGUGAUAUUAAAAUAAAGUAGAGGGUAUACUCUUUUCAUCGAUUAAA